AUGGCAGACCCUCUAAGCAUUGCCGCCUCCAUUGCAGGCCUACUGGCUGCAGCUGGAAAGGUCUACACCGUUGUAUCCGGGUUCAUCGACAGCACUGCAAAUGCGCCACAGUCGGCAGCGGCAACACUGGAGGCCGUUGGGGAGAUCAAGCUGGCAUUGUCUUCCGUUCAGUCCAUGAUAGACUCGCUUCAUCAUCUUUCAGCAUCUCGAAAAGGAUUGAUUCAACUAGAGCAUCUCGCUAUUAUCAUUACGAAUGCAGUCUUUACCCUCUCAAAGCUUGAAUCGCUCGUUUGCCAGAAGGAUGGCUUCCGCCACUCCAACGCUGAGGCGCUUCGCUGUUACGAUGAGAUGCUUGUCAAGAUGGAGCAGGUCCUCGAGCAGAACAGAACUCUCGGCCAACAUUUGCGGCUUAUGGAAGACCGAGGUCCUUUAGAUGUUCGAUCCGUCAAGUUCAUGGAUGACGCAAUGUCAAUCAUGUCCAGUCGCCGCUCACUACGCAGUAUGACUUCGUUACCAUUUUCAAGAGCCAGGCCAUCGUCGUCCAUGUCUUCGAGACAAGUUGAUUUUGCAAGAUGGGACUUUGAGAUUGCUCUUCAAAGGUCGAGAGUGUACAGUCGUUCUCACUCGAAUCAGUGCGACGUAUCUUACACAACGUCAACUGCGCCCACAAAUGCGUGGAGCAUGCUCUCCGGUCUCAGUCUAAAUGACAUCUCAGUCGUUUCUGCCUUCCGCCUACCCAUCACCCUUAAUGACAUACACUUGGUUGCCCCAGGGUCAACCUUCUCCGCCAUGUUCAUGGAUCAAGCUCUUCCUGUACGCCCGCAGGGAAGCAAGCUAUUGCGACUUCAGCUGACGCUCAUCAGAUUGAAUGACAUUUAUGUUGACCUCGAGCUUCACGAUACGACUGGAGUGGAGGAUUAUUCUUCUCUCAUGAAUAUGACAUGUUCGGAAGCAGACGUCUUCCUAUUUCUUUCGCGAAAAUACUCCGAUACCCAGUUUCAAUCAGUCGGGGAACGUUGGGUACCGGAGAUCUCUGGGAUCUUUCCUGGUGUUCCAUAUAUCAUCGUCGGCACUCAUGAAGGGCGUGAUGAGAAAAUUCGGGAUGAAGAUCUUGCCAAGUUUGCAGCAUCCUCCGUUCGUGGAAGAAAAUUGGCUGAAGCACUGGAGUCAGUCCGCUACGUGGAUUGCGACGUGGGAGAUGUACAAGCUGUUCAGGCCUUGAUCGGUCAGACAGUGAUAGCAGCAAAGAAGGUGAAGCUAUCAGUACGCAAACCUGAAGUUCCAGUUCGGGCUGCUGAAGCCGUAGACGCCAUAACUGAAGAAGAUCCAACCAUUGAGGAGACGCCACUAGAUAUCGAAGAGACUGGCCACCUGGUCUACGAAUACGGAAGCCUUUUCCGGUUCCACAAUGGUCGUUUGUUCCAACGAAACAACGAGCGGGGUUCUUGGGACGAAAUCAUUUGGACACAGCGGUGA